AAGUCCAUUUCCUCACUCGCAAGAAAGCUUCUUCCUUUUCCAAGCUUAUUAGGAAACCGAGAGAGAGAGAGAGAGAGAGAGAGAGAGAGAGAGAGAGAUCCAACGGUCCACAAUGAGUAGAGGAACAGGAGCUGGUUACGACCGCCACAUCACCAUCUUCUCUCCCGAAGGCCGCCUCUACCAAGUUGAAUAUGCAUUUAAGGCGGUGAAAGCAUCUUCAAUCACAUCAAUUGGUGUCCGAGGGAAGGAUUCCGUCUGUGUAGUUACACAGAAAAAAGUCCCAGACAAGCUUUUGGAUCAGACGAGUGUCACGCAUCUUUUUCCCAUUACAAAGUACCUUGGAUUGUUAGCUACGGGCAUGACAGCUGAUGCAAGUUCAUUGGUCCAGCAAGCCAGGAAAGAAGCUGCUGAUUUUCGUUUCAAAUGGGGGUAUGAGAUGCCUGUGGAUGUAUUGGCCAAGUGGAUAGCUGACAAGUCUCAGAUCUAUACCCAGCAUGCCUAUAUGAGACCUCUUGGAGUAGCUGCUAUGGUGUUGGGUAUUGAUGAAGAAAGCGGGCCUCAACUCUUCAAGUGCGACCCUGCUGGCCAUUAUUUUGGUCAUAAGGCUACAAGUGCAGGUCUGAAAGAGCAAGAAGCAAUCAAUUUCUUGGAGAAGAAAAUGAAAAAUGAUCCAGCAUUCUCAUAUGAGGAGACAGUACAGACAGCGAUAUCCGCCCUGCAAUCAGUUCUACAAGAGGAUUUCAAGGCCAGUGAAAUUGAGGUGGGAGUGGUGAGAACAGAGCAUCCUGUCUUCAGGUUGCUGUCAAUGGAGGAGAUUGAUGAACACUUGACGGCCAUAAGUGAGCGUGACUGAGAGUGGCCGAUGCUGGUAAUGCUUCAAGACUCUCCAAUCUGUAGGUUGAGUCUAUCAAAUUCGAUUUAGACACCAUCUGUUUCUCAUGAUAAAUCGUCAAACAGGUUUUAUUAUGGGAUUGUUAUUCAAGGAGAACUCUGUUCUUUU